AUGGUCGUGCAUUUGUUUGGUGCAUCUUCAUCACCCAGUUGUGCCAACUAUGCUCUAAGGAAAACUGCCAAAGAUUCUGAAGGACUUUUCGAUACCGAGGUUAUCAAUACCGUGAUAAGGAACUUUUAUGUAGACGACUGUCUCAAGUCAGUUAAAACUGUUGACGAUGCUGUCAGUUUAGUUAACGAUUUGCAAAAAUUGCUAAUGAAAGGAGGAUUUCGCAUAGCGAAGUGGAUUAGCAACAAUAGAGACGUCAUGAUGUCCAUUCCAGUUUCAGAAAGAGCAAAAGAAGUGAUGGAUUUAGACUUAGAUCAUGAUACCCUUCCAAUGGAGAGAGCUCUAGGAGUACAGUGGUGCGUGGAAUCGGAUGCAUUUUGCUUCAAAAUUGAAGUAAAGGAACAACCGCUUACUAGGAGAGGAAUAUUAUCGAUAAUAAGCAGUGUAUUUGAUCCUUUGGGAUUCUUGGCACCAUUCGUAUCGAGGGCAAAGAAAAUACUCCAAAAUUUCUCCAAACUUCAACUUGGAUGGGAUGAUGAAAUUCCUGAGAAUCUUGCAAUACAGUGGAACAAUUGGUUCAGUGAUUUGCAAAAAUUAUCUAAUUUCACGAUAGAAAGGUGUAUAAAACCCGUUGGAUUCGGAAUGUUGUGUUCUGUUCAGUUACAUCAUUUCGCGGAUGCAAGUGAAAUUGGAUAUGGGACUGUUUCAUACCUGCGUUUAGAAAACACAAUCAAAGAAACCCAUUGCUCUUUUAUUAUGGGCAAGUCUCGUGUGACUCCAUUAAAGCAAACUACCAUUCCAAGGCUAGAACUGACAGCAGCAACAGUUGCUGUGCGCACAGACAAAAUGUUGAAAGCAGAAUUAGACAUUCCUAUAGACGAAAGUAUGUUCUGGACAGAUAGCACGACCGUGUUGCGUUAUAUAGGAAAUGAGACGUCUAGAUUUCAAACAUUCGUAUCAAAUAGACUCGCUGUGAUUCAUGAGGGAUCAAGACCAUGUGAAUGGCACUACAUUAAUACCAAACUCAACCCAGCAGAUUAUGCAUCAAUAGGACUCUCUGCAGAUGAGAUCAUACAGCAUGACUACUGGAUCCAGGCUCCUGACUUUUUAUGGGCUCCAGCUGAACAAUGGCCAACAACACCACCAGGAAUACUAGAAGGAACGACGGAUGUUGAUCCAGAAGUUAAGGCAUGUGUCAGAGCUGCAGUAGCCAAUAUACAAAAACCAAGUGAUGUCAUGGAGAGUGUUAACAAUCUCCUCAAUUAUCAUUCGUCUUGGUACACCCUAAGGAAGAGUGUCGCAUGGAUUCUGAAGAUACGCAAAAAACUGUUACGUCGUAUCCAACAAAGGAGUUACAAGAGUGGUGGUGAUGAAUCAUCUAACGUCAAAGUCCCUUCUACACAUUACAACAUGGGACAUAUUUCAUUUCAAGAUUUGACAGAAGCGGAAACUGCUAUUUUGUCUUAUGUUCAACAUCAAACAUUUGCUGAUGAACUACAUACACUUGCUGAUAAACAUUCAUAUGUGACACGAAGCAGUUGUAUACGAAAACUUGACCCGGUUUUGGAUAAAAACGAUGGACUUUUGCAUGUCGGUGGACGACUUCACAGAGCCAGUAUGCCAGCAGAAAGUAAACAUCCGAUAAUACUGCCAAGUAAUCAUCAUGUUUCAUCUUUGAUUCUUAGACAGAUUCAUCACGACCUGAAACACAGUGACAGAAAUCAUACGCUAGCAGCUCUAAGAGAGAGGUAUUGGCUUAUUCAUGCACCUUCAGCCAUUCGGAAGCUUAUAUCUAAGUGCACUGUAUGUCGUCGUCUAGGCUCAAAGGUAGGAGAACAGAAGAUGGCUAGUUUACCAGAAGAUCGUUUGAUUCCCAACGAACCUCCAUUUACAAGAGUUGGUGUAGAUUACUUUGGACCAUUCGAAGUAAAGCAAAAGCGAAGUCAUGUCAAGCGCUAUGGAGUUACAUUUACAUGUUUAGCUUGCCGUGCUGUGCACAUUGAAGUUGCAGCAUCCGUACAUUAA